GCUCCCUCAAAGCAUGAAACCCCUGGUUCAUCUGCAGAUGACUGCACAGGAGAUGCACUGAGUGUACAACGACAAGUCCUGGGACUGCGCUGUUCAGAGCGUUGCUGUUCAGCUCACAGACCAACAUGGAGAGGCUUGUGUCUGACACUUACCUGGUGAGACUCCUAGAAGGGAUCAGCACCCUUCGUGCCCAGAAAGCACUGUGUGAUGUAACACUGGAGGCAGAAGGGGUUUGCUUUCCAGCACACAAGAUCAUUUUAGCAUCAGCAAGUAAUUACUGCAAGAUCCUGUUCAUUGGAAACUUGACAAGAGUGGGAAGCUUGGAUCGCAACAUCCAUCUGAAAGCUGUCAGUGCUGCAGGGCUGAGGAAUGUUCUCAACUUCAUUUACUCCAACAAAUUAGAUCUUUCAUUACAGAGUAUCGAGGAGACAUUCAAAGCUGCAGAAACCCUGCUUGUUUGGGAAGUCAUCAAGCUAUGCUUCCAAUUUCUGGAGGGCUGUUUGAACUGUGAGAACUGCAUGGAUGUUCUUAACAUUGCUAAGAAACUUGGCCCAGCAGAGUUGAGACAGAAAGCCAUGUGCUAUAUAGGGCAGAAUUACAAACAGAUACUGGCUGAUCCUCAGUGCUUGAAAGAUCUUGACAGAGGAACCCUUUGUGAAAUUUUAGACAGGACCAACACAGAGGGGUGCAGCGAGCUGGAGCUGUUCAGAGCUGCUGUGAGCUGGCUGCAGCAUGACCGCACACGGCUGGAAGAUGCAGCAGACGUUUUAAGACACAUAAGAUUCCCUCUCAUUCCUUUACAGGAUCUGCAGCGCUUUGUUCAGGAAAUGCCUUUUAUGAGGCUGGAUUCAGGCUGCCACAGGCACCUUCAGGAGGCUCUGACUUACCCUUCCCUGCUAUAUGCUCAGCCACUCCUGCAAACCCAACGCACGAGCCUCCGCUCCAGUUCCAACAUGCUGCUUAUUGCGGGUGGCAGAACCACUGACAAUUGCAUUUGCAGAGAGAUGUGGGCCGCUGACAAGAGCUGCGGCACAUGGCACAAGGUUGGGGACCUCUGUGUGCCAGUGUACAACCACUGUGUAGCCAUCAUCAGCGACUUCCUCUUUGUCAUUGGGGGACAGUGCAAGUUUGAUCCCAUGGGAAAGCAACCAUCAAAUGAGGUUUUCCGAUUUGAUCCAUGCAACACUUCCUGGCUCCAGGUUGCCAGCAUGCUGGAGCGGCGGACACGCUUCCAUGCAGAUGUACUGUCUGAUCAUAUCUUUGCUGUGGGUGGUGGGACACUGCUGGGGACCCUCACCUGCACUGUGGAAUCAUACCAGCCCGCUGACAACAAGUGGGAGUUUGCAGCUCCUUUCCCCAUGCCUAUUGCUGAUCACGCAGGCACAAUCUACAGGGGAAUCCUCUAUAUUUCAGGAGGCUUCUCAGCAGGUAAAACCUUACGAGACACUUACAGCUACCUCCCUCGCCUCCAACGUUGGACUGGCAACUCUGCCAUGACCUUUACCCGCUGUGAUCAUGGGAUGGCUACAGUAAAAGACAGAAUCUUUUGCAUUGGAGGAAGGACACUAAAAGGAGUGGAGGAAUGGAUUCACGUCGAUGCAACAGAGUACUAUUGUCCUGUAAAUGAUCAGUGGACAACGCUAACGAUAUCCCCGUUCAGCUGCUGCCAGUUCAGUAUCACAGCCUGUGAGUCUAUGCUCUACCUCACAGGAGGUGGGUCACUACAGCACAUGCAAAAAGAAGACAGUGUUUUCAUGUAUGACAUAGAGAGGCAGGUAUGGAAGAAAGCCAGUUCCCUGCCUAAAGCUCUGGUUGAUCAUGCCUCUUGUAUGAUUAAAAUGUCCCAAGUGAAUACAACUGGUGAGCCAGGGAGAGGCACAAAGUGCUCCUUCACCAGCAGGAGGGAGAAAUGUACUCCCAGCUUGUUUAUCACAAACAAAAAAAAGUCCCACUCUUCCUCUGAAGAGAAGUAGGAUGUGAAUAGGUCGAGCUGAUCUGACAGUGUUUGCCAAGAGGUUAGUACUUUAGCAACACUUCUAAAUCACAGCUGAAAAAGUUUGGCAAGGGAACUAGAAUUGACACUUUAUAUUGCUGGCUGACAAUUUAAGUACUCACAGAGAUAAGCAUAUACUAUGUAUUUACAAUUGUCUUGCCACUCAGUUAAAACUGUAGCGCAUUAUGAUGGUAACCUUGUCCUCAACUAGAAGACCAGAGAACUUCCUUCAGUGAACAUGCACAGAAUCUGUGACUGCUUGAGCCAGAGUAUGGGUAAACUUUUAGAAAAGAACCAACUACCUUAGAAGUCAACAGCCUGCAAUGUUUUUGCAGCAAGGGCUGCAAUGGCUGAAAAACGUUACAAGGAUAAGUUUGAAAAGGUGAGAGAAUGAACCUGCCAUCAUGGAAUGUCCCCAUGGAUGAAACCAAUACAGCACGAACUAUCCCUCUGGAAAAAUCAGAGUUGUACCAGGUCCCACAAUACAUAAACCACAUAAUGAUAAGACAACUCUACUUACAGGUGCUUCUAGAAAACAGGAUUUUAAAUGAAA